CCUUCCUCCUCCCUUUGCUCCGAAUGCAGAAAAGGAGGGGGGUUCCAUCCCUUGGCAAGACUGCCACGGGAGCUCUGCCCUCACACAGACACAGCCUCCCGUCCCAGCCGCCGGUCCCCGUCUCCGACGUGAGCCCUUUGAGCCAAGUGGCAGCCGGCUCGGAAGCUCUGUGACAGGUGUACGUGACAUGGCGGAGCAGCUGUCUACAGAACAGGUGGCCGAGUUCAAGGAGGCCUUCACCAGGUUUGACAAGGACGGGGAUGGAAAGAUCGACGUCCAGGAGCUGGGUGCCGUGAUGCAGGCCCUGGGCGAGAACCCGUCGGAAGCCGAGCUGAAGCAGCUCAUCGCCCGGGUGGAUGCCGAUGGCGACGGCCGCAUCAGCUUCGACGAGUUCCUGGCAGAGAUGGCCAAGAUCAUGAAGUCCUCGGGCAGCGAGGCGGAGAUGCGGGAAGUCUUCCGUGCCUUCGACCUGGACGGCGACGGCCACAUCAGCGUCAACGAGCUCAAGCAGGCCAUGGCCAAGCUGGGCGAGAAUCCUUCCCAGGAGGAGCUGGACGCCAUGAUCCAGGGCGCCGACGUGGACCAGGACGGGCAGGUGAACUACGAGGAGUUCGUGCGCAUCCUCUCUCAGAAGUGAGGCCCGGCCCGGGGCCCAUCUCCUGCCUGAUUCUGGUCCUCGUGCCUUCUCGGGGCCCCUGCUUCCGUGGCACAGAUGUAAAGGGGAAGUCUGGGUGGGGGGGGGGGAUUACCUACUGGAGGGAGGGCCUGGGUUCCGCCCCGUCUGCCCGGUGAGACCUCGGAGCAGCUCCUGUAGAGAAACGGGGAGGCCCCCUGCCUCACUGGGCUGCGGUGAGGGACCCCAGAGCAAUGUGAUGGCUGACAUAAAAGCAAUUGGACUCCGAGAGCGGUGCUUACAAGUCUGGUUGGAAACUGGAAAAUCGAAGGCCCCGAGCGGUGGCAUCUGGGGUUCUUCUGCGCCUCUACGCCCUGCGCUCGGGCCUAGUGGGGGAGCAGACCUGGGUGGGCCAGAUGGUCUGCCUUGGCCUCCCCCGCAUGCCCCAGGAGGACAUCAGGUGCGGGCGGCCGUGUAGGGCUGGGAGGGGACAGAAGAGGCACGUUUCUUUGGUUCAAGGGUCUGCCUGAGCUUCUGGGUCAGGACCGGAGGCCGGAGGCUGGAGCCCGGAGCCUGGGACGGAAACACUGUCUACACCACAAACCAUAAAGUCAUCACUCCUUGCAUUUAGCCAACUGUUCUGU